GUCGGUCGGGGGUGCAGUCGCGCACCGGGGCGUCAGUGACGGGCGUGACGUAGUCGGAGGAGGAUGUACGCCCCUGUUGGCGAGGGCCCCAGCAACCAACGAUCAUCCCUGGUCAAUCCAUGGUGGCUUCAUCCGCCAGGUACGACCGACAAGUUGUCGUUGUUGUCCUCGUUGUUGCACCGUGCACCUCGUCCACCUGUCGCGUCAUCGGCGUCGGAAUUGGCGACGUCGUUGCCCGAUCCUCCGCUCGGGCUUUCCGCGCGGUUACCCGUUUGUUUUGAUCGCGAUUUUUGGGGAUGGAAGCGUGCCGGGGGUGGCGGCGGUGGCGGUGAUGGACAUUGCUGUAGGAGUGGCUUUGAACUUGAAGCUCGCCCGUGAAAGCAAAUGUAUGGUGUGACACAGUGUGAAUUUUGGAUAGCGCCUAGAGUUUUUGUGAACAAUCUCAUCUUGAUACGUUAUUAGUGAACAUUCGUAAUAUCCUUUUGUCUCCUUUCCCUUUGAUUUCUCGUUUAGUUUAGUCGUAUCGCUGUGACUCAGUGGAUCAGAAAAUUCUUUUGGUUAAGUAUGGUUAAGUAUUAAGUAUAAGUAUAUAAGUUCUAUUUUUCUAUGACAUUUUGCAUCGUGACGUGAUUUGUUCAUUAAUGUACAAAAUAAAGCACUCAAUUUUAAUUUAUAUCGCUAUAUGCUAUAGCAGCAUACUAAACUAUACAUAAUACUAGAUUUAGUCGAAAAAGUUUUAAGUAUACCGUCAUUUCAAACUGUAUAAAUGGAAAGAUUAUUAAAUGUUACAGUCCCGGUGUGCACUUGUCGCUAGUGCGCCUUUUACGCUUCUCUAUAAUUUACAUAGACUUCGGAAGCUUGCAAUUCUAGCUAAGCAAUGCACAUUUAUUCUCCUCUCGUAUACAACUUAUUAUAAUCCUCUUACGCUACUUUAAUGCUAAGUGCAUCCUGACAAAAUUACGCUCGUACUAAUUCUUGCCUCGUACUUGUGAAAUCGGUACUUCAUCGCAACGUGUAUUUGAUACCGUUAAACUGUCUAUACUGAUGCAACAACGAGGAACUUUCUGUUCAAGUUCCAUAUGCCUUGAAAAAAUUGCAAGUUGUUACUGAAAGUUUCAUGAUGUUUCUUACUGUUUCCGCUACCAUAAAAGCUGCUAUUUAUUGCGUGUUUCUAUUCGAAGUGGUAUAGAUCUAAAGAGAACAAAUGACAGGAACAGAAGUUUCUUCAAUGCGUGCAUUCAGUUGCUAGCAUAGUUGCCACACGACAACCUGCAGUAAGAAAUAUCUCAUUAGAAAAUAAAGUGAUAUAUAUAAUGAUCUAAUUAUAAAAGUAAUUAAAGAAUAUAAAAAAUGCAAGUGUUUUAUCGCUGGCAACAGAAAUAUUAAGAAACAUUAGGAAACUUUCGUUAACAAGGGGCAAGAAAUUUCUUCAAGAAACAUGGAGCAUCGACCAAACGUUCCUCGUUGUUGACACAGUUUACUAUAUCGAAAAACUUGCUUUGUUCGAGCUCCGCGGAGUGCGUGCACGUGCAGCAUCGGCACGUUCUCGUCGUCUUCGUCCUCAUCGUCGCACUUCGCCGCGCGUGCAUCACGCGCAUAGCGGUAUCUGACGGAAGUCGCGCUUAUUUCAGUGGCGUCAUAAAAGGGACCCGUGCAUUCCGCCUGUUCCACCUAAUUUCCCUCGCCCAGUGUCGCCCGCGGCCUCGGGGAAAAAGCGCACGGAACUCCCGUUCCCGCGGGGCGGAACCGCCCGCUAACGACCUCCGUUCGGGAAAUUUAUUGCAUCGCAUUCGCUUUCCACCGCGACGAGAAAAACCGCUCCCGGAAAAAAGAAGUUGUACGCGGCUUCCGCGUACGGGAGCGAUCGAGACCGCUCUGUCUAUACGAAACCAUACAAACUAAAAGGAUUCUCUACAAAAGAGGUUUAUGAAUUAUUUGUUCAACGAUUCUGCUGUUAAACGAAAAUUGUCUUCACUUGACGAUUAAUCGGUCGAUCGGUCGAAUUUACGCGAGGAAGAGCAUUUCGCACUUGACUAACUGGUGACGAGUGGACUCCCCGAGGAGGAAGCGAGAAUCGCAUUCCGGAAGCUCGUUUCCACCUCCGGAUCGAAGCACGUCGUGCAUCGGAGGCGGACAUCGCGUCGCCCGCUCGUGACGACGGAGUCCGCUAGUAGGGGCAUGCUGUUAAGUCGGCCCAAAAUGUAGGGCCGCCAGCGGAGUAGCGGAGGACAGAGCCCGCGGAAGAAAGGAGAUAGAACGAGAGGGAGGGAGAGAGAAAGAGAGAGGGGAAGUCGAACGAGCCGGGCAUAACUCGUAGAACAGUCGAAUUCAGAUCGUGCUUCGUGCUGGGCGUUUUCGGCGCGCGUACGCUUCCCAUUCGUGCUCGCGUUCUUCCAUUCGGCUUGGCAUACGUCCGACGAUGCAUCCGCGUGCUCAUGAUGAUUGACAUUGAUCCCGCGUUGGCGACGUGAACUCCACCACUGAUUACCGGUGACCGCAGGUGCGAUUGUUGCACUGUCUCCCUUGCGUUCGCCGUGUUGUGAAUGAGUCACGGUGGUUCGUGCGCACCGAUGCGUGAUUUCCCUUCACGAAGGACGAUAUGCAGGUAUGAUCGUCGCCGCGAGAGCAUCCUUGGACGUGUCGCACUGAGGAUCUAUAAGGACCCAGUUACGCUGGACGAGCAAUUGGGCACGAGCGCGAUCAAGGAGGUAAAUACCCAUUGGAAGGUGGCAGCGAGAGAGGCGGCGAAGGUCACAGAGUCGAGCCUAAGGGUGGCAUCAUGGACUCUGACCAGCAGCAGCAGUUCUGCCUCAAGUGGAACAGUUUUGGCAACAAUCUAGCAACGUCGUUCUCGAACUUGUUCAAAAGCGAGAGUCUCACCGAUGUCACCCUCUUCUGCGAGGGAGUUACAUUCAGGGCGCACAGGUUAAUUCUCGCAGCAUGCAGCAAGCACUUUCAAGAGCUCUUCGAAGGAAUGCCACCCUCUCCCGCGGGACUGAUCGUUAUUCUCGACGGGACGAGUGCCCAUAAUAUGGCGUCCCUCCUCGAAUUCAUGUACCGUGGAGAGGUACACGUGUCCCAGGACUCUCUCCCCUCUUUCCUCAAGGCAGCUGAAUACCUUCAAGUUAAAGGAUUGUCGAUGGAGCACGAGAAGCUGGCGGUGGCGCAGAGGCACGUCACGGAGAGCAGCAACGCCUCCGCGGACGUUGAAGAUAACGGCGGGGGUGGCAAUGGUAGCGCCAGGGGUAGCGUAGGCAGUGGUAGCAUCAGUGUUGGUGGCGUCGGCGGCAACGGGGAUGGUAGUGGCGGCGGUGUUGGCGAAGUCAACGACACGAGCGAGGCGAGCGAGGCCACCAUGGUCAAGAACAUGAAAAGGAGCCAUCCCACACCGACACCAUCGCCCGCCGCGGCAUAUCCCGUGCCCAGCGUCUACUCUUGUCACUACUACGAAACCCCGCCGAAGAGGCUGAUGAGAUCGCCGAGCGAUGUCGACACGCUGGGAAGAGCGAGCGUGCUGCGCGACGGCGCUGCCUUCCGGCCAGCGUCCGCUCCGCAUCCGCUUCUGCUAGAGAACCACUUCUACCAACCGUUCACUCACCCUUGCGAGACACCGUCGCAUCCCCAUACCGCGCCACACACGCCUACGGAGCUGGAACAGCAGCUGGAACGGGCGCGGUCCGAGGAGCGCAACAACUGUGAUCUCAAGGAAAGCGUCGCCGAAGAUCUCCGAGUAAAGCAGGAACCAGUGACCGAUCGGGAAAGGACGGAGAAGUUGGCGGAGAGAUUGUCGAGCGAUGCUUGUUCCGGACGGGGGUUUGACUCUGGCUCGUGUGGCGCGAACUCGGACCACCUGCCGCACGGGACGCAGCUGGGUUCGGCGAUGGUACCGUCGGUUCAGCCGCCGGCUACUGACCAGUGUCCCGUAGUAUGGAACACGAAGAUCAACAAGGCCAGCAGUAUCAACGUCGACGGUGGUAGGAAACUGAAGUGUCCCUUCUGCGAGAGACUAUACGGAUACGAGACGAAUCUGCGCGCUCACGUACGGCAACGCCAUCAGGGCAUCAGGGUGCCAUGCCCAUUCUGCGAGCGGACGUUCACCAGGAACAACACCGUCAGACGGCACAUCGCGCGAGAGCACAAGAGCGAGGUCACCUACAGCAAGGCCUUCCAACAGUCCAAUCACUCGGUCUCGGACACUCUGCCGCAGUAACAAUGUCCUCGGCGUCGCCGUCGUCCUCCGGUCGUCGCGACCCACGGCGGCCGUCGUGGUCCGAGUGGUCCCGCAUCCAAGAAGAAGCGGUCAGCUCUAACUACAGCAACUACACGUUAGAGCUGAUCGCGAAACAGCGCCGUGGAUGGAGCGACUGAGAUGAGAGGAGAGGCUGCAGUUAGGUACCUUCGUUUUCCCUUCGUCGUCGUCAGCGAACGCCGUCCCGAUUUCUCCGUCGCGAGAACGGCACUUUCCGUGCGCUCCAAGGGGAGGAACCACGACAGGAAGAUCCGCUCAGGAAGAUCCGUUGACGGAGGAAACGAGAGUGAGGAAGAAAGAGACGGACGGCACGGAAUGUAACGCGCACAACGCCUCGGACAAGCUCGCGAGAAACGCUGCGAAUCACACAAAACUAGUCAAUGAAAGUGCAACCGUCAAGUAAGGAUCAUUACUGUGUAGGGGCGAGAAUAGAAAGCGCGUAACACGCACACGAUGCACACGCAGAGUCGUACAAGCGCAGGCGACUGCGACGAGAGAACAGUGACUACUCAGGUAAAGCAAUCGCGACGCGAACAGCGCCGAGGAGCUCUGCUUUUUUGAUAGUUCGACAUUACCACUACGGAGAUCGCGAUCGCUCGCCGUCGCGUCUUUGAUCGUUAACGCCGUUAAAACCGAUAGUAUACCCUGUUUCCGAUCUUACUACCGUCGCUGUUGAAUAGGUCGAGCCUAUAGGAUCGCGACGCUCGGGUGAUAUCCGUAUCCUGGCAUCGCGUUACGCGCGCGCAGUGCCAAACCAUCAGAAAACCAUCGCCUUUAUCACACCCCGAAUUUCUUCAGGCCGUUUCAGGCGUACGCGCGACGCGCACUCCGAUCAUCAUGACUCGCGGUGACGCACAUAUCCGAAGAUCGCGUCGAUCGAGACGAAACCCGACGACACACGUACACACGCAACCUUUUUAUACGGAUACGACUUUUAUAUAGCGAGUUUAUCGAGAUUACGCGAUUCUAGGGCGGACGACCGUCGCGGGAAUUGCACCGCGGCGCGGAGCGCACGACGACUGUCGACAGAUCCACUUCCUGGCGAACGCGCGAGCGCGCAAAACAAGAAACAUGUCGAUCGAGCAAUAAUCACGCACUUUGACACGUGGACCACUCGGUGGGAUCUGCACCGCGAUCGUCCGCGUCAAUCUCUUCUAACCGCGCAAGGAGACGCCCAACCAUUGUCACCCGCGUUCGCCACGGAAGUUCGUCGCGGCGACGGCGCUCCGGCGGCGAUACGAUCACUACCACUUUGUUACCUGUUUACAAUGUUUAAAGUACGGACUUUUGUCCGGAGCAAUAGUCGCGAAUACCGAGAAAUAAUAGAGUAUAGCCAUCGAUCACGCGGAGGAGACAGUGCGCGCGAUCGCGCGCGGAAAUAGUUGCUAUCCCGGUUGUAUGAGAGAGAUUUGUGAUCAAUGCAAUAGAUUUAUAUAUUACACAUUACCUAUAUAGAUAUAUACUAUAGAUAUAUAGAAGAUAUACUCCUAGUCAGGAUGGCACCCACGAUAUUACUUGUUACAGUAUUUACACUUUAUACAGAUUAUUCCCCCGUAUAUUUUCUUUUUCCGCCGUUUUUACUUGUUCUCCCAGUUUUGUGUUCUCGCAAGAAGGUUCAAGUGAUUGUUCUCACAACGAUGCCGCCUACCGUAAGUCUUUAUCAGGGACAAUAGACGAAUAUAUAGGGAAUCGUUUUAGUAUUUAAAGCGUUGCGCGCGAGCCCAGGGAUAUAUUACCACGGUACGCGAAUUGGAAGUUCAUUCGCGGGGAAAGUUUUGCUUUUCCUUUUCGUUUCCGUUCUCCGGUCCUUCUGUUUUUUUUGUUUCUCUUCUGCCUUAAUUUUCUCUGUUUUUUUUUGCUUUUCUUUUCCUUCCCGUUUCAUUUUUUCGGUUGACGUACCGUUCAAUACCGUCGAAGUACGCGAGAGCACUCGUCGCGCACGCGCGCGCAUAUUCUGCCAAAAGUGUAACAGUACUACCUCAUCGUUUUGCAAUGCAUUACACCACAGGGAACACAAUAGCGAUUAUACGAUACGAUAAGAUCUGUACAUUCCGUACAGCCGCUACUAUUACUAUAUUACUACUAUACUACUACUACAACUACUACUACUACUUUGUCCGGUUAGUGUCGGAGCAGUUCUCCUGCCAUUGCUGCCCUGGCGUAGGGUAAAACGCAAGAUCGCGGAUCUCGGAGCUCACCUGCGCGAAUUUUCGCCUUAUUAAGAUCAUCUCGAAGAGCCCCCUUUUACUCGUGUCGCAGAUUACCCGAAUAAAACGCACCGAUACUAGUCAAGCAUACGUAGCGCAUACGUAUACGCAUACGUACGUUCGACGACGCUUGUUUACCAUCCCUCUUCACAAUCAUCCGCGUCCCGCGCGUGAAGCUCCGUGAUCCUCGGAUCGCACGUGAUAUCUAUAUCCGUACGUAAUGGAUCCGUUUAAUUCGUUUCGUUUCUACUGCGGAGGGACGCAUGUUACGAAGCAGCACGUAUACGUACAAUCCGUAGAUCGUAGCGAGGAGUGAGUGAGCGAGCGAGUUACGCGCGUGUUACACACGUCAGCGGCCGUGAAUGCGCCGCGCGCGGCUUCGCGAGGAUUUGGCCGUUGCGCGGACGCCUUUUCGUCCCGGAGGAAAAGUGAGGCACGGCGAGAAUGAUAGAAAGCGAGCGAGCACUGUUAAGCGAGAGAGAGAGAGAGAGAGAGAGAGAAAGAGAGCGUUAAGUGUCGAGGAACGCGUUGACGAGGGUGGAAAGCAAGGGUGGCGAAACGAGGCUCAUUCGAGCGAAGGUGUAUCGUCUCGGAGCGCACAAAGUGUAAGCGGGGGAGGAUGGGAUUGAUGAUACUGGACGACGGAGGUUUAACAUAGUCAUAGGGAAGUUAAUUCCCGAGGGAGAAGCCGCGGGAAGGAUAUUCAAAGAAAUGUUAUGUGUCGUUUACGUAUGUGAUGAUAGGAACACAUAUACACACACACAUACACGUAUCACACGCGUAUACAAGGAAAGAGAGAAAAUUGAGAGAAAUUGUCGAAAGGAACUCGUCACGCAUACAUAUACACGUACGCACGUGAUAUACACAUACAUACACAUAAACACACACACACACACACACACGUUCGUGUAAAUAGGUACGGUCGCGUAUGCCAAGUUAUAAUGAAUCUUUUACUUAAUAUAUAUAUACAAAAUAUAUACGUUGUUUUCGGCUGUUCUGCUAAGUAGAGAUAAGGAAGAAGAGGAUGUGAGGGAGAGAGGGGUACAAUGAAUUAGCGUUAAGUUUAAGUAGAGAGGGAUCGAGAGUUAUCGGCAGUAGAGAGCGGCGAGAUUUGAAAGUUGGAGUAGUAUAACGUACGUAACAGACGCGUAGAAUUUCGGGGAGAGACGAAGUUGUAGUCAGGGUUUCAUUGUUUUGUCAUACGUAAGGGUUAGAGAAGUGCAUACGUAGUAAAGAUACUUUACACUCACACGAGAAAAAUCGCACGUACGCACGCACGCACGUAAACACGUACACACACACACACACACACACACACACACACACACACACACACACACACACACGAUACAUGCAGCACGUCGAAAGGAACGAGAAAGACAAAAACGUCAGUCGGGCAAAUUAAAGCUAAAAAUUAAGGAUAACACACGUACCUAAAAGAUAAUCAAUGUAGAAUUAUGAUUGAAUUUAGAAUUAGUCGUAUAUCGUCGCGACGCCGCGUGGAACCGCAUUCGAGAUCGAUUGAGGAUCAGUUUCCUUGCGACUCUUCUUCCGGGAUCGUUAUUUUGUUUUGGAAAUAAAUCUUUUUGUUUCGUAGAUAAAAAAUUUAUUCCUCUCCGGAGGUACUCGCAUUGUUUAUUCGAUUGUGUUAUCGUUGAUCUCCUCGUGCAUCGCUUUGCUCAAGAGACGUCGACCGCUUUCGGACGACUGUGCAGAAAGAUUUUCCAUUUUUGUUUCUUUUCUUUUUCCGAAUCCGUCAGAUUCUCUCUCGUAUUUUGUGUCAGUUGAGUACCGGUUCGAGGAUAAUGUUAUACUUUAGAUUACGUUAUUACGAUUUGUUGAGAUACGCGCGAGGGAAAUGCAGAUCUCGCGGUCGGAAGUUGAAGAUGCGAGACGCGGCACUUACGUCGCCAAAGUUCUCACGGCCGUCGGUAUAUCCGAUGUAAAGAUUAUACUUGAUCUAUAUGUAUAUAUAUGUAUGUACACCGAGAUACACACACACACGCAACACGCUACACACGUACACGACACUCGCGCGAGACGCGAUGCGUAGCGCGCGCACGCGCGCUACGUACGCGUAUGUAUGUACCAUUAUUGUAUCACGACGUAGGAUAAAAUGUUGCAUGUUGUUUCUAUAAUAUGUGUUUUACGGAUUGAGAAUCCUUUAUAGAUGUCGUGUGUGACAAGGCUUAAACUCGGGGGUGGCGAAAGGGAGAUUCACACCGUGGCGAGUUCGCGCGCGCCGAGUCGUCAGAGCGACGCGACGUGCGCGAAGUCUCGUUCGAAUCGAAUCGAAACUUCGGUCGCAAAAUUGGCCGACAUUAAUAUUGGGACGAUUUUCUAAAUUGUGGCAGACGCGCGAGGACCGCGCUAUUUCCGCAUUACGAUUCGAACGAUUCAUUCACAGGCGAUCUGCGAAGCAUCGCUUCGCGAUAAUAUUCUGUAUCGCAAUGACGACAUUGUACCGCGAAACAAUUCUGCAAGUUCGAUUAUGUACGAACGGACGAGCGUCACGAUGUGAACGAGCUUUCCGCAACGUAAAGUCCUCAUUACAAUUCGCGUAACGCGGGCAGCGAGCUCCAGGACAGUUAUAAAGAGGGUAAAAAGGUAGUCGCGACUGCCCGCGGGAGCGAUGUGCGACAGGGAGGCAGAAAAGGCGCAAAAUCGAUGUCAUCACUGCACCUACACCGCGCGCAGAGAGAGAAAGAGAGAGCGAGAGAGAGUGCACUGGCAACUACUGUACCGUUUGCUCGUAUAGUCUAUGAUAGUACUAUACUGUAGUUGAUAAUGAUUACAUAGUACAUGUAUCACGCACGCAUAAGCAUAUUUAAAAUCGAGACGAGGCAAAAAGAAAAAAAAGGAAAAAAAAAAGAAGAAAAUUCAGAAGAGGAUAAAAAUUAGCAGCAGCCUGCAGCACCUGCAGUAGCAACAACGGAAGAUGCUGAAGAUGAAGGAGAAUAAGAAGAUUAAGAAAAAAAAAAUACAUACACAUAUACACACAUAGCGAUGUCGCAAAGCGGGACCUCGAAUGUCCGGGGGACGAGCGGCUCGUUUCCCGGCCGCGACUUAUAGUACAAAGUAAACGUAAUGUUUUAAGGGUUUAACAAACGGGCAAGGCAGGACGUGUGGAUUUUGUAAACUUACUAUACACGCUGUAAAUCGUAUUAAGGUAUAAAAUACGUGGAGACACGCAAAACCCAAGCGCGCCGUGCGGCCGCACGCAUCGACGACGACCAUCCCGCGCGAUCGGCCUCCGCUCACGGAGCCCAACCACGCGAUCACGAUAACGAUUUCUCGAUCCCGUACCCCCUGCCCCAUUCGAUUGUCCUACUCGAAGUUAGCGGGCGAUUCUUCCGUGGCCAUCCGCGACGCGGAAGGAUCGCGUGUACGCCAAGGCACGACGUUGCACGCGCCCAUCUCCCGCGCCCUUCCUGAUCCUCUCAAUUUAUCAAUAAGACUGAAUUUGUCAUCGUGGCGACGUAUGCGAGAACACUGCCACAGAGGCCGAGCGGGAGGUCCGCGCGGUCCGGCGCGGUUCUACGUCGUCGACGUGUCAGACGGCCGCGGCCGCCGCAAUAAUAAUAAUGGAUCACAAUACUUCGUCACACACUAGUACAAAUGCUACCUCACACACGACAUACAGGGUGCGCACAGACGAGAAGCUUACGAAAAUCUCUGUAUAUAACACAGUAAAGCGAUAGUUUGCAAGAUCGGAUCGGAUCGGCGCAUCGCGCCGCCGUCGUCGAUCUCGUCUCGGGAAAGGAGGAACACGAAAAAAAGACACGUGGGAACGGAGGAGAUGGAGAAAGGAUUGGUCCUGCGACGGUCGCAGGAGAUUCUCACCCUUUCGCCCGAGAACGUCGGCGACGCGACGCGCCACGAGCCCUUCUCUCAGGAAUAUGAAAACCAAGUACAAACUACAAAGUAUAAUAGUCGAUAAGGUUCGUAAUAAAACAUAAAUCAGUGAAUCAAGCGAUGCAAUAGUCGAGUGUAUAGUAGGGACCGUGUCGGUGUGUUCGUUCGUUAAGGAUCUCUUCUUUCUGAUGAUGUGUAUCGCCGCGAUGAUUUAAACGCUUGUUGAAUGAGUUUCCCGCCGCGCGGAUCAUCGCGAAUCAUCGCGACCGCUCUCCACGGAAAAUCACCGCCGGAUUUUUCUCGUCGAUUUUUCUGCCGCGACUUUUCCGCACGAUGUCCCGCAGCUCCGCUACGUGUUGGCUGCGGUUAUACGUAUAUUAUAAAAAAAUAAUGCAUAUAUAUAUUAUAUAUAUAGUGGAUCCACGCGCGCCUCUCGAGUUUCUUUACGCGGAUCUUUUCUCUCGCGCACGCUAAACGUCGCGAAUGUUCUCGUUGCUACGAUAUAUAUUUAUUCUUCGUUGACUUGUUUCUCGUCCAGUGACGUUACUUUUUUCUCUACUUUUCAUUUUGUAGCGGCGGCUCGUUGCCGAAUCGAUUGUUUGGUUUUCGCUGGUUCCCGUUUGGCCGGCCAGACGAGCCACGCCGCUUGAUAUCCCACCGAGUUUAAUGAUUUUUUUCUUCGAUACGUACGAUUACAUGUAAAUGUAAAUUGCUUUGGAAAAAAAGAGAAUUCCGUACAACAUAGACGCAUUAAAAGGGCCUUACUUUGCUCCCUGCUUCGCCUCGGUGGACACGAGGAUCACCGUCGACGGUGAUCAGUGGAAUCCUCUCCUUCUCUGUAAAAUGAGCAGUUAUCAGAUUUCCGUUUUUUAGUUUCCGUUUGCUCGUAUCGUUUCUUUCUUUUCGUUUGAUUUUCUUAUAUUUUCAACGGCCGACGCCACGUCGGAAACGCGGCUUCUUUCGUCGUUGGAAACGCAAAGUUGUUCGCACCCAGUACUCGGAGAAUACCGAUCGUCAGUCCGGCUCACAUACACAGACACACACGAUGAUGCAACAUAUGAUAAGUAUACGAAACCGCUUCUACCUCACACAGACUCCGUAAUAUCUAUAUUUAUACGUAUAUAGACAUAUUAUUGAUAGUUACGCGCAUUAUCUACGGUUCCUCCGGUUCCUCUGUUCCCGCGAAGUAUUAUAAUUUUCGUUCUUCGUUUUCUCGAUCAUACCGCCGUGCAUACUUACGCCGAGUGCAGAGACGUAGGUAUGUCGGUAUACCACACAGUGGACAACAGACAAAUGAGAUUUAUACGUAAAAGAAAUAUACAUUUAUAUAUAUCAUAUAUAUAUUUAAAGAGAGAGAGAAAUAGAGAAGGGAAUAUAGUAUAUAUAUACCCGUCGGACGUUCCACGAGAUAUCACAUACCCUCCCCCCCUCCUCUAUCCGAGUAUAAUGUAAAUACAAUCCGUUUAUAUUUAUUUAUUUAUGUUUCUAUGCGCUGGACGCGUCUAUGUUACACGCAAUUGCAAAUUAUCGAUUUAAUCUAUCCUUAUAUAUCAAGAUAACGAGAAGAGAGUACACUCAUUUUUCAAUAUAAAUAUAUAUAUGAAAAACAAAAAUAUAUAUAUACAUAUAAAUAGAUAGUUAUAUAUCUAAUAUUAAGAAAAUACUUGUUUAGAUUUUAAGCGAUCCCCGUCGUCGUGGUCCCGCGAUGCGACUGCAUGCACACUCGAGAACUAAAAGAACAGACUCUGUAUCUCUACGGCAGAAACGCAGAAAAAGGAAAAAAAAAGAAAAAUAA